GUGAAGAAAAUGACUUCUUUCGUAGUCUUUGUAGUGACAUUGGCAACUUUUGCCGCCAGUCUUAAACUACCUUCUAAUUUUAAAAAAUGCGACUUGCGAAGAACUAAUUUCAACGAGUGCUUGGGUGAUGCUAUCCACGAUGCUAUUAUACAACUGGACAAACCAAUUAAAUCACACGGUUUGGAAAGCUUAUACGAUGUUCAGUUAAGACCUGAUAUAGAUGUGAUGAAUAUUGGGAAUCAUAGUCAGUCAGUUUUGAGGCAAAAGUUUAGCAAGUUUAGGAUUGUAGGGCUUUCCAAACCUGAGGCCACUACAGCGAGGUUAGAUUAUGACCAUAAAAUUUAUACUCUGACUUUAGCUGUAACUUAUCCUGAACUUUUGUUCCCAACAGAGUACGCAGCUGAAGGUAGCAUCACUGUGUUGCCUACUAACGUUGUAACACCUGUGGAAGUCACCUUAGAGAACCCGACCUUAACCUACACUUUUAAACUGAAACCGUACCAGAAAGAUACUACUUAUCUCAAAGUAAUUGAUACUGGAAUAGACGUUCAAGUGCAUGGUAUGAGGUGGAACUUCAAACAAUUGUUCCGAAACAAACGUCUCAAUGAGGAGUUUAAUUCGGAACUGACUGAACAUGGGCAGGAAGUUUUUGCUACUUACAAAUACCUGGAAGUCACGUUUGCUCCAUACUUUGGCUUGAUGUUAGACAAUUUAUUGGCGAAAGUACCACUCUCUGAGCUAUUUGAUGGGAUUUAGAUGUUUUUGACAUUUUAAGCGUACUUUUUUCUGCUUUUAUAUCUGUACCUUCUGACGUUAUAUGUAAAAAUGCAGAAUAAAUAAUGACAUGUUAUAUUUUAGUUGUAGAAUUGA